AUGAAUUGGCCAGAAUUUGUAUCAAAUCUUCAAAUUGGUUGCGCAAUCUCAUCUCUAAUCCUAAAUUCAAUUCUGAUAAUUCUAAUCAUCAAAAAAUCACCGAAAAAGCUUGGAUCCUAUCGAUAUUUGAUGAGUUAUAUCGCAUUUUUCGAGAUGUUUUUCUCAAUUUUGGAUGUAUUUCUAUCACCAACUAUUUUUUCACAUGGAUCUAUGUACUUUGUGAUCAUUUCUGGUAUUAAAAAUGGAAUAUUCCCCAAAUGCAUAUAUUUUCUAUUGAAUUGUAUUUGGUGUGGUUGUAUUGGAAGUUUUAUGGCGUUUUUUGCGAUUCAAUUUAUUUAUCGAUUCUGUGUUGUUAAUGAGUAGGGUUUUCCUGUGAAUCUAACCAUCUCUUAAUUUUUCUAGCUCGAAGAAAAUCCUCAAAUCAUUUGAUGAUUAUCGUAUUGUAUUCUGGAUGUUGAUCCCAAUUUUAUUCGGAAUUCUGUUGGGUUUGAUUGUUUGUUUCCUGAUUGGUCCAAAUGCCGAAACUGAUCAUGCAAUAUCAGAUCUUCUCCUAACAUCUCUCGAUAUGAAAAUUGACGAUAUAACUUAUAUUGGACCCAGGUGUUUCGAGAGAACUGCGGAUAAUCAAUUUAUUAUAUUCUACAAAGCAAUUAUUGCGAUUAUCAUUAUCUUCAUAAUCUCAACAACCUCUUUGAUAAUCGUGAUAUUUUUCGGAUUCAAAACAUUUUUAAAAUUCAGAAUGUCUUUCGAAAUGAUUUCCAAACAGGAAAAUAAUCUACAACUUCAAACAUUCUACGCUUUAGUUAGCCAAACUUUAAUCCCAAUGAUUUUGAUGCAUUUCCCUUGUACAAUUGUGCUUAUUUCUACACUUUCAGAUUUCGAUUUAGGGCAUUUCAGUAGCAUUGCAACGGUGACAUUUGCUUUAUUCCCAGCAUUGGAUCCUCUUCCAGUUAUGCUAAUUAUUAAGAAUUAUCGGGGAACUUUGUUUAAUGUUGUAACUACUCCUGUGAAUAUUUUUGUGAGGAGGAAGACUGUGAUUUGA